AUGCUGUUCCUACCAAUUGUAGCCUUGGCCUCGGUGGCAGCGGCCUCCCAAUGCGGCCUCAAGAAGCUCGAGAACUUGGUUACGUUCGGCGACAGCUACACUGACGAAAGUCGGCUCGCCUACUUCAUCAACAACAACGGCUCUGCCCCGCCCCCGGGCAUCCUUCUGCCGCCAAGCAACUCCACCGCGAGCGGCGGAUACGCCUGGGGCCGGUUCGUCGCCAACUCGACCGGUGCCAAGUACUACGAUUACGCCGUCAGCGGUGCCACUUGCUCAAACAAGAUUAUCUCUCGCAACUACGCCGCCAUCCACCAACCGUUCCCGUCGGUCCUGGACUACGAGAUCCCGGCUUACAAGGCUGAUACAGCUUUCGAGGCGCUCUACCCGAACAGGGCGGCCAACAAUACGGUCUACGCACUCUGGAUCGGUACGAACGACCUGGGAUACGGUGCUUUCCUAACCGACUCCAAUGCGCCCGGGACGACCAUCUCAACCUAUGUGGACUGCAUCUGGGAGGUGUUUGACAACAUCUACGCGACGGGCGGGCGGCACUUCGUUCUCCUCAACAUAGCGCCUUUGGAGCAGUCGCCGCUCUACGCCGCCACGGAGCUUGGCGGCAGCGGGGACAGCCAGUUCUGGCCUAACAAGACGAGCUACAACACGACCGAAUACCAGUAUAAGAUGCUCGAGUACAGCACUAGCGUCAACACCAUGUUCGACUACGGCGUGCCCUUCCACCUGCUGGUCAAGAAGCGCUGGCCCGGCGCGAGCUUCUCCAUCUUCGACGUCCACGGUCUGCUGCGUGACAUCCACGCUGAGCCGUCAAAGUAUCUGUCCUCGCCGCCGAACGUGACGGGGCCCUACCGUGUAUGCAACCCGGUGACGAGUGCGUGUGUAGACUCGUCACAGCCAAAGUCGAGCUUCCUUUGGUACGACGAUUUGCACCCUUCCGAGCGUACAGAUGAGAUUGUGGCACAGCACUUUAUCGAUGUGGUGUACGGCAACUCGACGUACGGCACGACUUAUGCGUCCUCAUGA